AUGCCAGCCAAGACCAUCAUCGUCACAGGUGCCUCGCGAGGUAUCGGUCUUGCUAUUGCAAAGUACCUUCUCACAGCACCCCAGUCACACAAUGUCGUCGUGGUAGCCCGCAGUCUCGAGCCCCUCCAGAAGCUGAAGGAGCAGUACAGCAAGCAGGUCGAGGUGGUCAACGGUGACCUGGCUGAUUUCUCCAUUGCCCAAAAGGCGGUUGAGGCCGCCAUCAAGUCAUUUGGACAGCUUGACGGGGUGGUCCUUAAUCACGGCAUCCUGGGCCAAGUCGGCAAGAUUGCUGCUGCUGAUAUUGACCAGUGGAAAAAGGGCUUCGACGUCAACUUUUUCAGCUUGGUCGCUUUCGCAAAAGCAGCUCUGCCAGCUCUCCGCCAGUCGAAAGGCAAAAUUAUCUUCACCUCCUCCGGUGCCGCGGUGUCCGGCUACCCGGGCUGGGGUUUGUACGGAGCAACUAAGGCCGCGAUGAACCACUUCACCAUGAGUCUGGGCAACGAAGAGCCCGAUGUCACUUCCGUGUCUAUCCGGCCUGGCAUGGUCGACACCGAAAUGCAGCGGGAGCUGCGCGAGGACCACGCGACCAAUCUGGAUGCCGAGAUGCACGCCAAAUUUUCGGGUGCCCACAAGGAUGGCAAGCUCGUCAAGCCGGAGCAGCCGGGUCAUGUUAUGGCCAAGCUGGUGCUGGACGCGCCCAAGGACCUCAGCGGCCGGUUCUUCUCAUGGAACGACAAGGAGCUGGAUGCUUUCCAGGAAUAG